AUGAAAGAACCCAGAGCCAAUAGUGGUUUCAAAUAUCUCGGUGAGGGCACGGUAAACUCCACCUCCAGUCCGAUUGAUUUGAUCAAUCAUCCGACAGAGCCCCAUGUUCAGUACCCCAAGGUUUUGGAAGAGGCUCUGCAAUCUACCUUUGACGAAAGCAAACUUGCGACCAUAUGCUAUGACCCAUUUUCUUGCAGUAUUCUCUACUUAAAUGGCUCACAGAAUGGUCGCCACGCUUGCAUGAAUACGGAUAACCCGUACAAUUACUCCACAGCGAGCUACGAGCUGAUAUACUACUCGAAUAAGCAGGUCCUGAGUGGUGGCUUGGACUUAAACCUGAUAAGUAUGAGGCCGGAUUCGUCAACCACAACCAGUUUCUUCUCAUAUAGACCUGCUUCGUCAAUCAUAAAACAACUACCAACUUUCAUAUAG